AUGGGCGUGCAUCGCGCGCCUCCGCCGGUCCGGUUUAGAGAUCACAUCACUUCGUUGUUUCUCUCACGCGUUUCUCUUCAUCAUGGCGCGAUGCGCUGCUGACACCGGUUCCGUUCCGUUCCCGUGAUGCGCGUGAUGAUGAUGACGGUGACGGAUGAAAGAUGGAGAAACUAUCCGCGAGCAUUAACGGACUCUCGUGGAGCUCCGUGUCGCUGCCGCUGGACGUGAUCGUGAGCAAAUUCCGCUUACCGACACUCGUGCGACUGAGCCACGGUGAGAAUGUGGAGGGUCUUUCGGAGGAGGAUGUGAUUUUACUUCACUCCUGCAGACAGUGGACCACCGUCACUGCCCACAGUCUGGAGGAGGGGCAUUAUGUGAUCGGACCCAAAAUAGACAUCCCACUGCAGUAUCAAGGGAAGUUUAAGUUAUUGGAUCAGGAUCGGGAUGUUCGUGAGCCGGUUCAGUACUUUGGAAGUGUGGAGGAAAUCGCAGGAAUCUUUCCUGAUCGCGUGUUCGUCAUGGAGCCCAUCACAUUCAGUGUUAAGGUGGUUUCUGGGGAGUUUACAGAGGACAGUGAGUUGUAUAAUUUCUCUCUGCAGGCGGGAGAUGAAUUAACCCUCAUGGGCCAGGCAGAACUACUCUGCGUCCAAUCGACUCGCGAGAAAUCCCGCCUGACUGCGCUGCUACGACGACUGGGCAAAGCAAGCGGAGCUCUGGGACGCCCCGUCCGCACCAAGAUGCCUUGUUUGAUAUGCAUGAACCAUCGGACCAACGAGAGCAUCAGUCUGCCGUUCCAGUGCCGUGGGCGGUUCUGCACGCGUUCGCUGCAGGAGCUGCAGAUGCAGGGAGGCGAACACACUGUGCGCAGCAUCAUCGAGCGCGUGCGUUUGCCUGUGAAUGUGUCCGUGCCGUCGCGACCUCCUCGUAACCCAUAUGACCUGCACGUGAUCCGCGAGGGCCAUCGAUAUAAACUCCUCAGCAUCAUCAGUAAAACUGUCGUUCUCUGCUGUAUACUUCGCAAAGAGGAAGUCACACCUUCUCACUUUCUGUUAUUAACGGACAUGCCGCGCUUCACUCUGCCAGAGGGUUUAUUGUGUGCAAACGCUUCCUACCAGCAGGUGGUGCUACAGUGCGCUCUGCGUUGCCAGGAAAGCUUCGAUCCGGACAAUUACUCGCGUGCUGUUCGUGAGGUAAAGACGGACUUCUCCGAGGAGUGUCUUAGUCCGCGGCGGGUUCGCGUGUGUGUUCAGGGCUACGGACGCGACGAGCUCGGGACGUCCCUGCAGAGACUGUCUCUGUGCGUCUAUGGAGGCGGAGCCGUCACACACACUAUCUCACGUGGCUGCAGAGACUCAAUGGGCGACUCACACACGCUGCCCUCUAGUGACGGAGAGGAGCGAGAAUACGUCACGCCUGAUUGGUCGACGGAGGCGCAGGAAAUUCCGUAUGAGGAGGUCUGGACCAAUCAGAGUUCUGGAGGUUUCGGGGUGACGUCUGAGAGUGCAGUGAAGGCGGAGCAUAACCUCAUAUCCUUCCACUCCACUACUACGUCAUUGGAUGGAAUGCUGGGCUCCACCCACGUCGCCAUGGUGCAGAUGGAGGCAGGAAGAGUGUCGAGAGUAUCGACUCCCCCUCCUGUCCCACCCAAAUCUGAAGCUGUGAAAGAGGAGUGUCGUUUCUUAAAUGCUCCUCCUGUUCCGCCCCGCUGUGCUAAAGGCCCCGCCCCCAGCUCUCCAGUCAGCACCCGCUUGCGUAAAACUCCGCCCACCCAAACACUCAACCCAAACCUCUCAUUUUAUUCCUCUGGACUGCAAGAAAGUUCUGCUCCUCGUAGUGGCAGCAACUCUCCAUCACCAGACUCUUAUUCUCUGUAUUGUUACCCCUGCACCUGGGCUGACUGUGUGACCUCCGACCCCAGCGUGAGCCCUGAUCCCGCCCAGCCCGCGCAAGCCUGUUGGUCCCACCCAAGAGGAGGCGGGGCCUACACUUCCAACAUCCUCAAUACACCUCUGCUCAGUACAGACUCCGCCCAUAAGAACUACUCCACCUGUCCUAGACCGCGGCCAGUGGCGCAAAACCGCUUUGCACCGUUUGGCGCCCUAAACCCCUUUGCCAAUCCGGGACACACCCACGCCUCCUCCGAUUGGCUCACCACCACAGAUAGGAACUCUCCCACUCUGAUACCCGACCUCAUUAGCUCCACCCCCAAGGAGCCUCAAGCCAAUCAGGGAGGUUCAGAAGAUGGCCCUGAGACUCCGCCCAGACCAGUCAAGAGUUUAGAGGAGGACACAGUCAUUGCAGAUCCCGCCCCUGGAUCAGUCGCCGUGGCGAAGGGGGCAGAGGGCGGGGCCGGGUCAUCUUGGCGACCCCCAGCAGAGCUCUGCUGGCUCUCGGUGGAGGAGGUUUCAUCCAGUCUGCGGUUCAUCGGCCUUUCGGACGACGUGAUUGGUCUGUUCAACCGAGAGAGGAUUGAUGGCUCUAUUUUCACUCAGCUGACGGAGGAAAUCUUGUCGGAGGACUUUAAACUCACAAAACUACAUGUCAAAAAAAUCAUGCAGUUCAUCAAGGGAUGGAGACCCAAGAUAUGAGGGCAGCAUCCUCGUGAACUGAAGGAAUGUUUUUGUUUGAGAGACACAAGAGUACUUCAGCCACAAUGAGUGCUUCUGCUCAGACCUUUUCAGAUGUUUUAUAUGUGUGUGUGUGUGUGUCUGAAAUGCACCUCUCUAAUCGAAGGACUGACAGAUCGUGACUAAUAUAUUAUGGAGCACUAUUAAUUUUAAUUACAUUAAGAUCAUUAUUAUUAUUAUUAUUUUGGAUUGUGUUAUUAUUUUCUUGAUAUUUAAGCACAUUUAAGCCCUAAACAUUGUCAAUGUUUGAAUGUAAUACUUAUUCUGAUUAUUGUAGUGUGGAAAAAAGUAAAUAAUUUUAAAUAAAACAAUGUUUUUUUUUUCUUAAUAAAACAGGAUCUACAGAGGAUCAUUGAGAAUAAUCAGAACAAACAAAAAACUUUGUUUCAAGAAUUUGUUAAUGAAAAAAUUCUAGGGGGAAAAAUAUGAAUAAAUAUAUUUUCCUUGACCGGUUUGAUGAGAUUCACUCACGUAGAGCACAAUUUUCUUCUUUCCUGCUGCUCUCAUAUGGAGCUCAUGUCAUGCACACAAGGAAGUGAGACUUUUUAGGGACUUAAAAAAAGGUUUAGUUUGUGAUGUACAUGCUAAUAAGAGCAGCAAGAGUUUACAGUCUAAAGAACACGCUGUAAUUAGGUGACAGUAAUUAAGAGUUUAUUAACUACUACAGCCCACGCUGAUGGAGGAUGUGUGUGAGGGGAGUCAGAGCUGCUGAAAUGAGGUUUUAGCCUUAUAUCAUGGUUUAAAAAUUUUUUUUAUCAGCAUUUCAGGAACGUUUCUGGAAUGCUUAUUUAACAGCUUCCCCCUCUGUAGGUGCAUUUGUACUUUGAAUAAUAUUUAACAAUGGUAGUGUGUUUCAUUUGUACUGUAAUUUCACCAUGUAUGAUUUAAUCCUAAUGGAUCAACUACAGAAAAGAAUAAAAUCAAUAGUGCUCAACUGAAA